AUGCAAGACAACCUGAAGACGCACAUUACAUGGCUAAAGUCUGAGAAAGCAUAUGAGCCAAAAAAAGAGCUGUUGAACCAGAUCCUAAGCCUAGAUGUACCAGACAAACGACAAAAGCUACCGGAUGGGUCUCAGGACAUAGAUAUUGGAGAAAUGCCAGCCAUAGGUCUUAUAGCAGGAAACAGGGCUAAAAUUGCCGGAGCUGGUCUAACUCGAAGCAUGACUCUUCAGAACCAUAACACCAUAGGCAGCACAAUCGAAGAAAACCUCUCGCAGCGACCAGGAUUCUCUUUUUCACACCCUACGGCGAUUCAGUCAUCUCACAAAGUUGCAGAGUCCACGCAACACUCUCAGAAGCCCACAUCACUUCCGGCAACUUCAUAUGUAGAAUCUGGAAGCAUGAGCGGGAAUCAAGCUUCAGAUGAAACCUGCAACAGAGUACGAAGAGUGUCUCACGAGUCAGCGUCUUUAUCCGAGGUCGUUCCUUUGCAAGACAAGAUCAUUCAGCUUUUAAAAAACCAGGCAUCAAUCUUGAAUCGAAAGUGUUCCAUCAUAGAGUCAACAUCACUGUCUGAAGACGCCAAGAAAGUACAAAUUCAGUCAGAAGUUAAUCCGAGUUUAGUGAAUUUAGAAGCGGAAUUAAAAAACUUGAGUUCACUAUUAGACUCUUUGAGACCAAUGCCCCUCCAAGCAAAAUUAGUCACUCCGGGAAGUACAAGAACAGUUAUACUACCAAGAGCGCUCGCUAAUAGCUACACAGCAGAGUUACCAAUUCCACGGGUCAGCGUAGCUCAAUCUCGAGUACGAGACGCAGCUCAAAACACAUUUGUACAGCAAGAUUUAAUCACAGUUCUGGACGAGGAUGAAGACGAUGAAGAUGAAGAACCCCUAGUCAUAACUCAGGUAAGUACUUCCGGAAUACCAUCGAAAGUACGAGAUGAUGUAAAUGAAGCUCGUAAGAGAUCGCUCCGGCAACACAAACAAGUCAACUACAAAAUUCCGGAAAUGGAAGACAGCCUCAAUUACAACAUGAUGCCAGCUGUAUCUCAAACUCAGCGCUCGAGACGAGAUGAAGAGGAUACAACUAUGGAAGCAGAGUUGGAAGACUCGCAGUAUUUGCUCACUGGGGAAGAGGAAUGCGAUGACAUCAACUCUAGUGACCGCGAGUUUAUAGAUGAUGGCUUAGACAACUUCCUGAAUGGGUCCGACGACGGAGAAUACCGUGGAACGUUGAACCCAAGUGCGGGCAACGAUCUUGACGACGAUCACACAGAAUUACCUGAAUCAAGCCAAAAUGCUGCGCGGGCCGAAGAGUUAUCAAAUGUCGAAGUAAUAGGCUCUUCGCCAGUACGACAAAUUGCUGGCACGCCAGAACUUGAUCUGAUAGGUACUGACUCACACGACGAGCGCGAGUUUGAUACAAUUGCUGAGAGUAUUCAGCAGACAUUCCCAAAUCUUGUACAAAGAACAUCGCAAGCAGCUUUAGAGGGCGACGACAAACCAGAUAAUAUCCACAGCAUUGGUAACGGUCGCGACGAUACGUUUACACACAGUGACUCAGAGGACUUUGACGACUUUGAUGCCGAAAGAGAAAACUUAACUCAAGGUGCCGAGAUUAGAGAACUAGAUGAUGACCUAAAAAUAAUCUCGGAACAGAAGCUAGAAAAUGCCAAUAUUGCUAACCGUGGUAUCAAACAAGAAAUAAUUAAUGUUGAUACGUUCAUGGGGCAGAACAGUACUCACGAUUAUGAAGAUGGAAGCCGCUUGGCGAAUAAAAACGUUGGCAGUUAUGGCCAAGUCACUUUACCCCAAUAUCAAUGGACUGAUGAGGUAAAUCACCGUCUCCAUAACAUUUUCAAACUACCGGGUUUCCGCCUCAAUCAGUUGGAAGCCAUUAAUGCCUCGCUGGAAGGUAAAGACGUUUUCGUAUUGAUGCCCACAGGCGGUGGAAAAUCCUUGUGCUAUCAAUUGCCAGCUGUCGUAAAGUCAGGCAAGACUAGCGGUACCACAGUUGUGAUAUCUCCUUUAAUUUCUCUCAUGCAAGAUCAGGUCGCGCAUCUGCUAGCAAAAAACAUUAAAGCCUGCAUGUUCAGCUCUAAAGGCACUGCAGACCAACGACGCCAAACCUUUAAUUUAUUUAUCAAUGGACUGUUAGACCUCAUCUACAUCUCCCCAGAAAUGAUCAGUGCAUCCGAUCAGUGCAAAAAGGCUAUCGGAAAGCUGUAUAGAGAUGGGAAAUUAGCACGCAUUGUUGUUGAUGAGGCACAUUGUGUUUCCAAUUGGGGGCAUGAUUUUAGACCAGAUUACAAGGAGCUAAAGUAUUUCAAAGAUUUGUACCCUGACAUCCCGAUGAUUGCUCUCACUGCUACCGCAAGUGAGCAAGUGAGGCUUGAUGUCGUUCACAAUUUGAAGUUGAACAAUCCUGUUUUUCUGAAACAGAGUUUUAACAGAACCAACUUGUACUAUGAGGUUCUCAAGAAAGGCAAGAACGCCGCGUUUGAACUGUGUAAUGAUGUUAAGUCGCGUUUCAGAAACCAGACGGGUAUAAUUUACUGCCAUUCCAAGAAUGCUUGUGAGCAAACGGCUGCCCUCAUGCAGAGAAAUGGCAUAAACUCUGCAUACUACCAUGCAGGCAUGGAACCAGAUGAAAGACAGCAAGUUCAACAAGCGUGGCAAUCGAAUAAUAUUCGUAUUAUCUGUGCUACAGUCGCAUUUGGUAUGGGUAUCGAUAAGCCAGACGUUCGUUUCGUUUACCAUCUCACAGUACCAAGAACUUUGGAAGGCUACUAUCAAGAAACUGGGCGUGCAGGAAGAGAUGGGCAGUAUUCUUACUGUAUUAUGUACUAUACUUUUCGCGACGUACGCACUAUCCAGACAAUGAUCCAAAAGGACAAAAAUUUGGACCGAGAGAACAAGGAAAAACACCUCACAAAGUUACAACAAGUAAUGCAGUACUGUGAGAAUGUCACUGACUGCAGAAGGCAGCUAGUUUUAUCGUACUUCAAUGAAAAUUUUGACUCCUCUCUUUGCAGCAGAAACUGUGACAACUGUAAGAACAGCGUCAAUACUACUACAGAAGAACGGGACGUGUCUUCUGAUGCAAUAAACAUAGUUAAGCUUGUUUCUUCCAUUCAAGAUGAGAAGGUGACUUUAAUACAUUGUCAAGAUAUCUACAAGGGUUCUCGUAAUUCAAAAAUUGUACAAGCUGGACACGACAAGCUAGCCUUCCAUGGCUUUGGAAAAAACAUGUCAAAGUCAGAAAUUGAGAGAAUCUUCUUUCGCCUUGUUACGACCCAGAUACUUCAAGAAUAUUCAGUCAUGACUGGUAGAGGUUUUGCCUCAAAUUACGUCAAGGCGGGGGCAAAAGCGAGACAAAUCUUGAACGGAAAGUCAAAAGUUUUGAUGCAGUUCGUGACUUCCACGAGUGAUGUAUCUAGGCAGUCAUCGGUACCGCCUGCAGCAGCGAUAAGAUCCAUGUCAACAGCCUCUACCAGUGUUAGACCUGUUAGUAACAUAAAUGGAACUACAAUAACUAGCAGACCAGCACUAGGCCAAUACGCUUAUGGAAGUGAUGCGCAAGGUGAAAAUCAGUCUUUCAAACAAGUAACGCGUCCGAUAAUGUUAGGCAACAAUUCGAGCACUUUCUCCUCACAGGAACAAUUGUCAAUGACAAAUGCAUAUCAGGAGUUAAAGCAGAAAGCAAUUGAGGUCGCGAGGAAUCAAAAUUAUAGAAGCUUCAUGAGUGUUAUCUCGGAGCAGGCAUUGAAGAAAGCGGCUGUCACUGUACCGCUGACUGAAACUGAAUUUAGGCAAUUGCCAGGAUUGAACGAGUCACAACAAACAUUCUAUAGUCACUUCAAGGACUUAUUUGCACUUCUGGCCGCGCAAAGACAAUCUUUAUUAAAGAAAAGUUCUCGGCAUGCUUCGCAAACUUCGAAUGUCUCCCCGUGGUUCCAGGUUCCGGAUUUUGAAGAAAAUGAAGAGACACAAAUGCGUGACGGUGAAAUCUUGAGACAGAUACGUGACACUUCGUUGCCCGAGCCUAUCAGCGGCAGUUUUAGUCAAAAGCCCAAAACUAGUAGCCAGGCAAAAGCGAAAAGAGGCAGAAAACAAAAAUGGUCAUCCAAAAGCUGGACGAGAAAAUAG